AUGGCUUCUUCUCUUCCCCCCGUCUACAUUGUCUCUACUGCCCGUACUCCCGUGGGCUCUUUUCUUGGCUCUCUCUCCAGCUUGACUGCUCCCCAGCUUGGUGCUCAUGCUAUCAAGGCGGCUGUCGACCGGGCUGAGGGUAUCAAUGCCUCCGAUGUUGAGGAGGUUUUCUUCGGUAACGUCCUGUCCGCUGGUGUCGGACAAAACCCUGCCAGACAAUGCGCCAUUGGUGCUGGCCUCACUGAUUCCACUGUCUGCACCACCGUCAACAAGGUCUGCGCUUCUGGUCUGAAGGCCAUUAUCCUCGGUGCGCAAACUAUCAUGACUGGAAAUGCCGAUAUCAUUGUCGCCGGUGGAACCGAGUCCAUGUCGAACACCCCUCACUACCUGCAGACCUCUCGCAGCGGCACCAAGUUUGGCCCCCAGACUCUGGUUGACGGUAUCCAGAAAGAUGGCUUGAUGGAUGCUUAUGGCAAGCAGGAUCUGAUGGGUAUUGCUGCCGAGGAGUGUGCUGAGGACCACGGCUUCAACCGGGCCCAACAGGAUGACUAUGCCAUCCGCAGCUAUGAGAAGGCUCAGGCUGCCCAGAAGGCUGGUGCUUUCGACUUCGAGAUCGCUCCCAUUGAGAUUCCCGGCUUCCGUGGAAAGCCCGGUGUGACCGUUUCUCAGGAUGAUGAGCCCAAGAACCUCAACCCCGAUAAGCUCCGCGCCAUGAAGCCCGCAUUCAUUCCCGGCACUGGAACUGUGACCGCCCCUAACUCUUCUCCCCUGAACGACGGUGCCGCCGCCGUUGUCUUGGUUUCGGAGGCCAAAGUGAAGGAGCUGGGUCUCAAGCCCAUUGCUAAGAUCCUGGGCUGGGGUGACGCUGAGCAGAAGCCCAGCAAAUUCACCACUGCUCCUGCUUUGGCUAUUCCCAAGGCCCUCAAGCAUGCCGGUGUGAGCCAAGAGUCCAUCGACGCCUUUGAGAUCAACGAGGCCUUCAGCGUGGUGGCUCUUGCCAACUUGAAGCUGCUCGGUCUGUCUGAGGAGAAGGUCAAUAUCCACGGUGGUGCGGUUGCCAUUGGACACCCUCUCGGUGCCAGCGGUGCCCGUAUUGUAUCCACUUUAAUUGGUGUCUUGAACGCAAAGAAGGGCAAGCUUGGCUGCGUUGGCAUCUGCAACGGUGGCGGCGGUGCCAGCGCCCUGGUUAUCGAAUCCCUGUAA